AUGACAAUUAAGGUCACAAGCAAAAUUAUUGAAAUCGUUGACAUUCCCAACAUGAAAUUGAAGACUCGAGUGGUGAAGAAAAACCUAAAUCCUGUGUGGGGUGAAGAUUUAACUCUCUCGAUUGUAGAGCCUCUUCCCGAAGUAUACGAUAUGUAUCUAUUUUCAGCCGAUGAUAGAAUAGGGGAUGCAGAAUUCGAAUUCACUCCAUUCUUGGAAGCUGUGAGGAUGCAUUUGAAUUCUAAUAUCUUAAACAACACAAUCAUCACAACUGUGAAACCAAUGAGGACCAAUUGCUUGGCUGAAGAAUGCUACAUAACAUGGACAGAUGGAAGAGUUGCCUAA